AAAAUGAAUGAGUGAAUGACACUCAGUGUGCCGAGACGCGAGUGCUCAGGGCACUGCGGCGGGCCAGGGGUCCGGGCGGCUCGGCCCUCGGGGGCGUGUCCGCAGAGGCGGCCCGGGAGCUCUGGGUCCGGUGCAGGAGGCCGGCUGCCAGCAUGGAGAGCGAGCUGGAGGCGCUGGCCCCGCGGCCCGCGCGCCCGGCCGAGCCGCCCUUCCAGGCGCUGGUGGAGGCGGCGGGCGGCCGCGGGCAGGUGCUGCUGGUGGGCGAGCUGUGGGAGCGAGAGCAGAGCCGAGCGCUGCUGCGGGACUUCGCCGGCGCCGUGUUCCCUCCCGAGCCCGCGCCGGGCAGGUCGGGCUGCGCAGAGGCCGAGGGCGAGGCCCCCGCGGCGAUCCGCGCGCGGCUCGUCUUCGUGCUGUGCCGCGCGGGGUCGCUGGCCGCCCGGGAGCCGCGGCGCCGCCUGCGGGAGAUGCUGCGGGACGUGCGCGGCCGGAGGCGGGAGGGCGCCGCGCUCGUAGGGGUCCUGGUGACGGACGCGGGAGCCGAGGACGCGGCGGCGCCCGGGCUGCGGCUGCUCGAGGCGCUGCUGCGCGCCGUGUUCGGCCGCCAGGUCGGGGGCCCGGUGCAGGCGGCCGCCUUCAGUCCCGGCUGCCCGGCCUCCAGCCUGGCGGUCCAGGAGGCGGCCUGCAGGGCCCUGCACGCUGCCGGGCCGGGACGACCAGUAGAAGGUGCCUGGGAAAGAUCCGGCCUACUGACGUGCUUUUCCUGGGGUCCCUGGAGCCAGAGGAAGAGCCGAGAUGUCACCUCCCCCCGAGGCCCAGCUCAAGAACACCUCCGGGUCUCAGAUGAGAAGCUUGCACUGACAGCCAUAUUUCCCAACGGAGACUGUGAAGAGCGUGGAAGUGGAUCUAGAGCCCAGGAUAGAGCUGUCCACAUGCCACCCGAGCCCUUGGAGGACACAAGAUGAAGGCUGGACCCCUGGACCGGCCCUAACCUGCACACUGGGGUCUGGCCCUUCUCAGUGAGUCUCCGUGUCACCGUGUUGACCCCAGCUGAAGGUGACUGACUGACUAUAAAGACGCCACAUGCUUGGGGGCGGCCGCCUUCACUUGCCAGCCAGGCAACAAGACCUGUGGGACCUCCUCCAUGCUUGGUGAUUUUUUCACUCUGUGAUUAUGGUGAUCUUGUCUCUCUGUGCCUUCAUUUCUCUGAGCCAAGGAGACCCUGUAACCACUUUGCAGACACGCCACUCAGUCUCUCUGGGGCUUGUUUUCCAAGUGAUUGAAGGGGCUGCCAGCCUAGUGGCUUCCUCCCAGGGGCCACUGCACCCCUGGGCAACACUGGAAACUUGUGUGGGAGCAAUAAGGGGGCAUCUCACAGUGUGUAGGAUGGACCAAUCACAAAUAAUUGGUUUACUCAGAAUACCGAUUGUUACAGUUUUGAGACACAGGAGGACUAAUCCCGUCUCCCUGUCAUUCUGGGAAGAGAUCCCCUUAGGUUUCUUGGGACAUUGGCUCCCAGAAUAAGCCAAAAUAAAGACCUGACUGUUACCAUGAGGCAGCCUGUGAGGCCAGAGCCAAGAUGGUUUGUGUGUUGCAAGGCCAGGACCAAAAGCACCUUGCAUGCUGUGAGAAAAAACAGGCCUCUGUCUUCCUCAUGUUGACACUGAUUACGGUGCCAAAUCCUUUGAGGAAAAGUUUGCUGGGAGCUGCCUAUAGCACCAAGGGCAGGGAAAGCCAGGGUGCUGGGGAGCUCAGACCCUCUGACUUGUACUAGAUCUCAGGUCCUAGCCCAAGUAUCCUGGAGCUUCUAGGAUCUUCCUUCCCUCUGAGUCUGUGAGUUACAGAGUGGGUAAAUGUCCUCCAUAGAGCCUGCCAGGCUAUCUAUUCAUGCAGAGGCAACCGGGGAUUGCCUCUGCUACUCCUGCAUGCCCCUGGAGAAAUCAGUGCUUGGAAGGACAAAGGCCCCUAAUGGUUUUCCCUAAGGUGAUAAAAGCACUGUCAGAGUGAAGUGGAUAGACCCGCAUGUUCAUCUGUGAUCCCCUCUCCAGGAACCCAGUUGUGUUUGCUUUGUGUAGCUCCCUGCGUGCGUCAUCAUUUCCACUCUUUCUGUGCCAGUACCAAGGCAGAGGACCCUCCCUGUUCUGCGCCUCCAUUUCCUCUUGGUGAUCCAUGGCCUAAUCCUAUUCCCUCACGGAGAGUGUGGCGUGCAGAGGGUUAGCCUCUUCCUGGCGUGAGGCGGAUGCAGGCAUCAUUUUAAUAACGCACGCUUAUCCCACGGGAAAUGGUCCCAACCUGCAUUUUUUACUGAAGAAUGAAUCGAGGUGGGGGGUUAUAGCCCCGUGAGUAGAGGGAUAACCACCACUGCAUUAACUGGAUGAGUUGCCUAUGCCUGUAAUCCCAUACUUGAGAGGUAAGGAUGAGAAGAGCAGAGGUUCAAAUUUACCCUCAGUUACAGUGUGAAUUGUAGGCUACCCUGGACUGCAUAAGACCCUGUCUUUAAAAAAAAAGAAUUUUGAAUUAUCAAUUAGACCUGGUUUUGUUUUUAAAUGGGGAGAGUGGUAUAUUUGAAGCUGCUGUAUUUUUUGUGACAAUAUUGACCUACACAAUCCUGUGUAUUCACUCAAUUGGAGUUUUAUUAUUUGAUCAAGGAAAGAGGCUAGAAAUUUAAGUGGGGAUUCAUCUAAGACCGAAAUUACAAGGGCUAAAAUCUUCUGUUUGUUACCCAUGUUUGAAACUGCACAUUUCAGUCAGCGUAGUUUCCUGGGCAAGGGAGUGUGUACCUUCCUCUCCAGCCCUCACUUGGCACGCCAUGCCCACAGCACUCUCCUCCCAGCAGACACAAAGACUGGGUGUCAUGAAGAAUGCUCUUGUGGGGCCCCUGCAGAGGACUUUAGGAAGGUGUGAAGGUUGGAGUGGCCUGAGGGAAGACUGGAGACCCGAAGGAAGCCAGGAGUCCCUGGGAGCUGUGUGAGGAGCUGCCAACUAGGUCCCAGUCUGGGUCCUGGGAUUCUAACCCGUAGUGUAAUGGCAGUUCCCCUGCUUUUGAUUUGAAUGCUGGUUCCUCAUGUCUAAUAAACUAGACAGUGCCUCACUGGUAUCUGACAGAA